CACACUUUCUCUACGCUGACCUCUGACAGGCAGACUCUGUGAGAUCAGUUCCCUCCUUCCACAACACGGAAGCAGCAUGGCGUCCAACAGAAACUCCAGCAGGCACCAGACAGCACGGCACAGACUAAGCGUCAUUGCCGGGCAUCUACAGAGACCCGCGGACAGCAAUGCGGCCGUCCUAGCCGUGGAGUGCAAAGCCCAGGAGAUCAGACCAACUGUCAAAACCGGUGACAGGAGCGAGGGGAGGACGGUGCCCAGGAGGAGGCAGGAGAUCAUGAAAUGGAACGGAUGGGGAUACAGCGAUACCAGAUUUCUCUUCAAUAAGAAAGGCCAAGCAGAAUUUACUGGGAGAAGGUAUAGACUGAGUGGGAUGAUCAUCCCUAACUUGAAGGAUUGGUUUGAAGGCACGUUUGGUGCCAAUUUGCAGCAUAAAACUCCAGCAACACCUAUCCUGAAUAGCAGUGCUGUACAGCGUCCUACACUAAAUGAGGUCUUUGUGGAGGAACUGAAGUCCACAGGUAUUCCCUUCUCUCAUGAGGCAGAAGACCGGGUGUUCCGGUCCCACGGCCACUGUCUACAUGAGAUCUUUGCUCUGAGAGAGGGAAAACUUGGCCGUCUUCCAGAUAUGGUGAUAUGGCCAAACUGUCACAAUGAUGUUGUGAAAAUUGUGGAGCUGGCUUGCAAACAUAAUGUUUGCUUGAUACCUUAUGGAGGAGGAACUAGUGUGUCUAGUGCCCUAGAGUGCCCACCAGAGGAAACUCGAUCUAUCGUCUCACUGGAUACUUCACAGAUGAAUCGUAUUUUGUGGAUUGACGAGAAAAAUCUAACUGCACACGUGGAGUCUGGCAUCGUCGGUCAGGAUCUGGAGAGACUACUUAAUGAGAGCGGCUACUGUACGGGGCACGAGCCCGACUCCAUGGAGUUCAGCUCCCUGGGGGGGUGGGUUGCUACGAGAGCAUCGGGCAUGAAGAAGAACAUCUAUGGCAACAUUGAGGAUCUGGUUGUCCAUAUUAAGAUGGUUACUCCACGAGGCGUGAUUGAAAAGAGUUGUCAGGGACCACGGAUGUCCAUGGGCCCAGACAUUCACCACUUCAUCCUGGGCUCAGAAGGAACCCUCGGUGUUGUUACUGAGGUAACAAUGAAGAUCCGUCCCAUGCCAGAGUAUCAGAAGUACGGCUCUGUGGUGUUCCCUAGUUUUGAGCAGGGUGUUGCCUGUCUGCGAGAGGUGGCCAGACAGAGGUGCGCUCCAGCGUCUAUACGGCUCAUGGACAAUGAACAAUUUAAAUUUGGUCACGCCCUGAAGCCGCAAGUAUCUUCUAUUUUCACGUCAUUUCUGGAUGGACUGAAGACGUUUUACAUUACCAAGUUCAAAGGCUUUGACCCCAACCGCUUGUGUGUGGCCACCCUGCUGUUUGAGGGAGACCGCGAGAGGGUCCUGCAGCACGAGAAGCAAGUUUACGACAUUGCUGCAAAAUUUGGGGGCCUGGCAGCAGGAGAGGACAAUGGACAGAGGGGCUACAUGUUGACCUUCGUCAUCGCUUACCUCCGGGACUUGGGGAUGGACUACUACGUGAUCGGGGAGUCUUUUGAAACCUCUGUGCCUUGGGACAGGGUUUUGGACAUUUGCCGGAAUGUGAAGGCACGCAUCAUACGAGAGUGUAAAGACAAAGGAGUUCAGUUUCCACCAUUAUCAACUUGCAGGGUGACUCAGACGUAUGACGCUGGUGCCUGUGUCUACUUUUACUUUGCCUUCAACUACAGAGGCCUCAGUGAUCCAGUAUACGUCUAUGAACAAGUUGAGCGUGCGGCUAGAGAAGAAAUCCUUGCCAACGGAGGAAGCUUGUCACAUCACCAUGGAGUGGGGAAACUUCGGAAGGAGUGGAUGAGAGAGACAGUCUCCAACGUCGGCGUGGGGAUGCUCAAGUCUGUGAAGGACUAUGUUGACCCAAAUAACAUCUUCGGCAACAGGAACCUCCUUUAAGUCCAAGUUCCUGUCUGUUCUCACAUCUUUUGUUUUUUAACAGACACUAAAUGUGAAUUUAAAACAGACAGAUGUUCUCCAUCAAACAUGUCUCUCGGUGCCAUUUAAUGAUUCUCUUUUACCGUACAUUGCACUUAAUCUGCUGUAACAACCGUCUGAGUUUCUGUUGAAAAUCGUUUUCACCCAGCUUCUUCUAACAAGAUUCAUCUGGAUGCAGCAAAAUAUUGACUUAUCUCAGAUUUGCUUCCUGAACACCUCUGCCAACAUAGAAGAAGCUGUUUUGUGAUUCUUCUGUAUGUAUGUGUGUGUGUGGCACUACUUUAGUGGUAGGUUGUCGCUUUCUAAAGCUCUGUGCCUUUCUAAAGCUUGUGUCUGCCUUCCCUUCUCCUUUGUGUCCCACAUUUGUCCUUUCCCGCCUUCUUGUUUCUCGUUUUUCUGACCUUAGGCCAUAGUAGACUUGUUUCCUGACCAAGUGUAUUUGUGCCUCUUUUAACAAGCCUGUCCCUCCCCAUGCAGUCUGGCUCCACUGAUUUCCACAAAGCCCCAUGUUUCUAAUGAUUGCUGAGGAAAAUGAGCGUACCUUUGUGUGUUUAGUUUUUGUACUGAAAGCUUUUACCCUGAGCAGUUUGUUACUGAAGAAAAGUGGAAAUCGAAGCCAUUUUGAACCUGUUUCGGUGCGGCGUUUUUAGUUUUGGUGUGGGGGGGUGGCAGCCUGUAAAUCGUGGUGCUCACGUUGAACCAAAGACUUGAAUCAGCAGGUCAGACGUUUACAAACACUCAUUGGCAAUAAUCCUAAUUUUUCCAGCGUGGAAUGACUGUUUAAUGUGAAAUAGUGUUAGAAAUAACUGGAUGCAAAGGUUAAAAUUCAUUGGACGGUUCUUCUCUAAGCAGGUCACAAUUAUACAUACAGGCUUAAAUAUAGCCUUUCAACAAGCUUCUGGCUGGAUAUGUGACCACUCUUCCUUGCUGAAUUGGUUGGUACAUACUCUGCCUUAAAGCAUAGUCCACAAAUCUUUGCUUUAGUUAAGGUUGGAGCUUUCUGCUAGUCUGCAUUAUUGACUCCAAAACUAACUAUCAUGCGUGUGACAAAGCUGGGUAAUCCAGCAGGGAAACGAUGCUAGAGUUUAUCUGACCCAAACUUUUACCUUCAAAUGAAGGAAAAUUGGUCAAAAUGAUCAGAAAUGAUCCUAAAACCACCAAGAGUCGAGUCUGACAUGAACUGGAAACUGCUGUGAAAACCAGUGACACUGUCCAUAUUGCACUGGACCGAGAGGGUGCUGAUCUGAAAAGAAUACCCUGCACCAAAAUGGAUGCAUUCAAACUCAUGUAAGAUAUGCAGAUGAAAUGACACCAUCAGCUGUCAAGUUUGGUGGUGGUAGCAUCACGCUGUGGGCCAGUUUUGUUGCCGCUGUUAGAGGUGCAUUCCACAACGAAGAUUUAAUAAUAAAGUAACUGGAAAUGAACAGCUAGUUGGUUUGAAGUUGAAAACUGGAAUUUCCUAAAAGGCAAUGAUCCCAAAAACGCAUCAAAACUGGUUUGGAUGAAUAAAGCAGGCUUUUUGGCUAGCUUCUAGGAAUUUGACCUGAACCUAAACAAAAAUCUGUGUGCUAUGCCAAAACCAAGAACCCUACCAAUAUAAAUGAUUACCUUUUCUACAUAUUUUGUUACUUGAACCAAAUUUGCCCAUAUGGCCAAGCCAAAUCCCCUCUGAAGAAAGGUUAGAUGGUCAGAGGGGACAACAGUGGAGCUAUUCUGCAGCAAUCAUGAGAUGUGUGUUUGGGGGAGUCGAUGUGAGGCUUUUAAAGUCAGGAACAUUGCAAUAACAGUCAAGGGUGGAGGUGGUGGCAGCAUCAUGCUGUGGGCUUGUUUCGCUGUCAUACACUUGGGUGUUCCUAUAGGACAAUGAUCCCAAACAUAUCAAACCAACUUAUUUAUUCAGAAUAAAUAGAGUUGGCUUACAAUAAGAUUGUUAAUUUACAGGAAAAAAAAAAGGCAACAUUAAAAACCCCAAAGGAAACACAUUCUUCUCAGCGAUAAGUGCAAUCCUCUGACCGGCACCUUCUUCACUGUCAUGCAGUCCCUUCAUCAGCUAAACUGUGUUUUGUUUCUAUUAGUAUAUGCAAAGAUUACCAUCCUCACAAAUCUUACAUGUAUAUAUUUAUGACUGUUACACAUGCUAAAACAUCCACCUCAAACUAUAAAUGUUUAAUGAGUUUGACCCCCUUCAAGAGUCGAGUAGUUUAGUGUUUCUAUAUCGUGCAAAAGGUUUUAUGAUUGGAUACUGUAAUGUGCUACAUUUUGAUACUGAACUUGUACCAUUUAGCGGCUCAUUUUCUGAUCUAUACUCUGACCUGUUUUGAUUAAAUACAGAAAUAAAUACUCUUCCAGAUAACUCUAAGACCUGACUUUUUACCCCACAUGUCAAAAAAUCUGCUUUUGAAUGUUCUCACUGUACCUUUCCACCUCUCUGAGUACAAUUUGUCAACGCUGUUUGUGCAAUAAACUGAAUUAAAACACCA